GUUCGGGAUUUUAACUAUUCUCAUCUUUGCAAUGUUUGGAUUCGUCAAGUCAUGACUUAGUCAGUUAGUGUUCUUACACAAAAUACAAGGCUACCGAAAGUUGCUUUUGGACACCCCUUCAUCAUGACUGAUCCCGAUUCUUGGCCCGUAAAAGUAUACAUUUACGACAUCAGUAAAGGAAUGGCGAGGUCGCUUUCACAGGCAUUUCUAGGGAAACACAUAGAGGGAGUAUGGCACACUGGGAUAGUGGUCUAUGGAGAGGAGUUUUACUUCGGAGGCACGGGAGGAAUCGAGGCUUGUCCCCCGGGAGGAACUAUCCUAGGCCAGCCAGACACAGUGAUGGAGCUAGGUCGUACACAGAUACCCCGCGACGUCUUCCUUGCGUACCUUGGUGAUCUGGCACAAUCCUCUUAUAGACCCAGCUGUUAUCAUCUCCUGGACCACAACUGUAAUACCUUUAGUUCGGAGGUGGCCCAAUUCCUGACGGGCAAUGAUAUCCCAUCAUACAUCACUGGAUUGCCAGCCGAGGUCCUCAGCACCCCUGUCUAUGUGAACCCUAGCGGUGGACACGCCCUUUUCCCUGCCGGGAAUCCUGCCAUGGCUCCAAACAUCCCACCAAGUAACACAUUCCUGACCCAGUCCCACAAUAAACAAGGGUCCAGUACAGCUUCUAAGACUUCUAGUUCCUCUGGACAACAGGCAAGCUCCGAGGUUCCCUCGGAGGGUCCUAGGGGAGCCACCAGCCAGACACCCCCCGCCUCACAGGGGUCCGAGUCUCCUGUAAACUUCAAUGUGGAGAGCGAAACAGAAACUAGAGAAAUGGAACCUAUCAUAUACAGAGAGGAAAGACCCUCAAAGAAACCCCUUUUAGAUGAUGUUCAUGACAAAGUCUCACCAAAGGAAGUUAGUCUCGUGUCGGACAUUUAUGACUAUCUGGGUACAGCUGCACCCACAUGGUCCUUGUGUAAGGAGCAUGUCCAGACCCUCCACAAGGUGAUCGGGGACGGCCGCAUGGGGGACAAACUCAGGGGAGAGAUAUGUGUGCUACUGCAGGAACUGGUUCUCAUAGAAGACUUUGUAGAACUGUUACAAAACGAGCCCACCAAGUUAAUGAACAGUGUGUUAAUACAUUACAAGGAGCUGACUGAUAGUGUACAGAUGUCACUGCUUAAAGUGUUAACAAAUUGCUGCAGUCAUCAGAUGGGGCACAGGUUUCUGACGGACAGUGCAGGGGGAGAACAGAGUAAUAUCAAGCUUCUGUGUCCAGAGGUGUGUGUCUGGGCCCUACUCCAUGACAACCAGGAUAUCUACAGCAAAGCCUCAGCUCUUGUCUACAACCUCAGCAGAUAUCAGUUACCUGAGGAUGCCCAGGUAGAGUUGGGGAGUGCCAUCUUAGAAUGUCUACAAAAAGAAGUCCCAGAAACUACCGCAUACAACCUGAUGAUGAGUCUCUUACAGCUAAUGAGGACCAAUGAAGAGAUGUGUGAUCUAGCCGGAGUAGUUGGUAUGAACUGUUCAACUCACCAGAAACUGUCACCACGGUUACGGAGUCUGUGUGAAGAGGCACAGACAAUGACCGCUUUAUGAUACACAAGUCUAUAGUAACAUAAUUCUGUGAUUUCUAGAACUUUAAAAUUAUUUUUAUUUGGAUCAGUAUUGAAGCUUUAAAGUGAUCCAAGACUUAACUUGUUGUUGUUUAUUUAUUGAGUGAUCAAAACAUAAAGGAAAAGGAACAAAAUGUGAGAACCUUCAUUAUUUAUUGCAUCAUUUUGUAAUAACUUUGUCUGUACUGUAAAUGUUAUUGAACAACAUAUUUAUACUUAACAAAAUGUUUAUGAGUGUGUUUAAAGUAGGGCUGUGUAUUGAGCCAAAAUUUUCGAUACGAUACGAUACAAUA